AUGGAGGCAGACUAUGGAAAAAUGUCAUCAACAGGUUAUAUAUGCAAGGACAAAGAUGUUAAGCCUUGGGUGUGGGAAUCUGCUAUACCAUUAAAAGGGUUCACUGCAUUUUCUGAGCUAUUACCACUUCUGGAAGUGGGCACAAUUCCAUUGUUGAAGGUUGGCAAGAUUUGUCUACAAAUCUCUACCACCACCCUUACCAUUGAUAAUUCCAUCGCAUUCUCCACCCCUUUUUCUACUUUCACCUCCACUGCAUCUGCAAACCUCGAAGUCAAAAGUCCCCCAAGAAUCCAGACUGUCUCUUUCCUGACUUACCUUUUGAAGAGCUUUGUUGAUUAUAUCAGACCUAACGAAGAAAGCAUUUGUAAAAGCAUUGUGAACCUGCUUGUUACUUGUUCAGACUUUGUUUCCAUUAGAAAGGUGGAGCCAAUUUUUGAGAAAGGUGUUGAUCUGCCAUCCAUGGAUGAAGCCAAUAUUUUGUUGGUGAAUGAAUGUGAAUCUAUCUCCCAUAGAAUUUGUGAACUUAUCUCUUUAGAUGGUGAAAAGGAUCAGAAAACAAGUUCAUAUCCAAACAUACCAAAUGAUUUUUUUGAAGAGAUGGAAUCUUCAUGGAAAAACCGUGUUAAAAAGAUCCAUCUAAAAGAAUCAUAUGAAGAGGUUGAUAAAGCUGUUGAAGCCUUAUCUUUAGCAGCUGCAAGAGAUGCUCGACCCCUUAAAGAAGCUAAGGACAAACUGGAGAAGUGA